CUAUUCUUACAGAUCUAUUUUUUUCACUGUCUAUCUGCGCCAGUUUAUACAAAGGGAAUUCUUCCGUAAUUCAGUUGCCAGAAGCAUCCCAAAAGAAUUUCGGAACAAUGCAGAUGUAUAACCUCAACUUGUACGCUCACGCCACGGUAUCCAACUGAAUGCAGCAAGAAUGUCUGGUCGGCAAACUUGCAUAAUUCUUGCACCAACAUUGAAUUUGACCGAAGCUUUAUUUAACCAUGAUUUGAAUGUUCAAUUUCUGCAGUUGCACCAUCAGAAACGAUAUCGAUGGCAAAAUUUUGGGAACCCUCUGCUUGCUAUUUUAUAG